AUGGAGGUUUUUGGUGAGGCUGCACCGUACCUGCGCAAAUCAGAGAAGGAGAGAAUAGAAGCCCAGAACCAGCCAUUUGACGCCAAGACCUACUGCUUUGUGGCUGACCCCGAGGUGGAGUACACCAAAGGGAAGAUCAAGGCUGCACAGGAUGGGAAGAUAACUGUUGAGACAGAGGACGGCAGGAUGGUUGCUGUCAAACCUGAUGAUGUAUAUGCCAUGAACCCACCUAAGUUUGACAGAAUUGAGGAUGUGGCCAUGUUGACCCACCUGCAUGAACCUGCUGUCCUCUACAACCUCAAGGACCGCUACAGCUCCUGGAUGAUCUAUACCUACUCGGGUCUCUUCUGCGUCACUGUCAACCCCUACAAGUGGCUGCCGGUGUACAACCCGGAGGUGGUGUUGGCCUACCGAGGCAAGAAGCGCCAGGAGGCCCCUCCACACAUCUUCUCCAUCUCUGACAAUGCCUAUCAGUUCAUGCUGACUGAUCGUGAAAAUCAGUCUAUCCUGAUUACUGGAGAAUCCGGUGCAGGGAAGACUGUGAACACAAAGCGUGUCAUCCAGUACUUUGCAACGAUUGCAGCCAGUGGGGACCUAGCCAAGAAGAAAGAGUCCUGGAUGAAGGGUACGCUUGAGGAUCAAAUCAUCAGUGCUAACCCACUGCUGGAGGCCUUCGGGAAUGCCAAGACUGUGAGAAAUGACAACUCUUCACGCUUU